GUGGGGGCGGUGGCCUCGCGGGUCUGGCGGGAUCGGCCUGGACGACUGCGUUUGCCUGCAGAUUGGCCUUCAGAGAGGCCCCAGCUGCAUCCUGCUGACGGCCUGGAACUGGCAGAGAAGGUUGCCAUGGCCGCUGUGGACAGCUUCUACCUCUUAUACAGGGAAAUUGCCAGGUCUUGCAACUGCUAUAUGGAAGCACUGGCUUUGGUUGGAGCCUGGUACACGGCCAGAAAGAGCAUCACCGUCGUCUGUGACUUUUAUAGUCUGAUCAGGCUGCACUUCAUCCCUCGCCUGGGGAGCAGAGCAGACUUGAUCAAGCAGUAUGGAAGAUGGGCCAUCGUCAGUGGUGCAACGGAGGGGAUUGGAAAGGCCUAUGCGGAAGAGCUGGCGAGCCGGGGCCUCAAUAUCAUCCUGAUCAGUCGAAACGAAGAGAAGUUGCAGACUGUGGCUCAAGACAUAGCCAACACCUUCAAAGUGGAAACCGAAAUCAUUGUUGCGGACUUCAGCAGGGGCCGUGAGAUCUAUGUUCCAAUUCGAGAAGCUCUGAAAGACAAAGACAUUGGCAUCUUGGUAAAUAACGUGGGCGUGUUUUACCCCUACCCCCAGUAUUUCACCCAGGUCUCUGAGGACAAACUCUGGGACAUCAUAAAUGUGAACAUUGCUGCCGCCAGCCUGAUGGUCCACAUCGUGUUGCCGGGCAUGGUAGAGAGGAAGAAAGGUGCCAUCGUCACAAUUUCUUCUGGCUCCUGCUGCAAACCCACCCCCCAGCUGGCUGCGUUUUCUGCUUCUAAGGCAUAUCUUGACCACUUCAGCAGAGCCCUGCAGUACGAGUAUGCUUCGAAGGGCAUCUUCGUGCAGAGCCUCAUCCCAUUCUACGUGGCCACCCAUGUGACUACACCCAGUAGCUUUCUGCACAGAUGCCCGUGGCUGGUGCCUUCACCCAAAGUAUAUGCACACCAUGCUGUUUCCACUCUUGGGAUUUCCAAAAGAACCACAGGAUACUGGUCUCAUUCCAUUCAGUUUCUUUUUGCACAGUAUAUGCCCGAAUGGCUCUGGGUGUGGGGAGCAAACAUCCUCAACCGUUCCUUACGUAAGGAGGCCUUAUCCUGCACAGCAUGAUCGGAGUGACUGUGGGAGAGGUUCUGCCAGCUCACGGGAACCUAUGGCAUUCCGACAUUUGGAAAAACAUGCUUAAUUUAUAUGUUUUCUUUUAUUACCGAUUCUUUGGCAUACUGUCGAUUUAUCAUCCUCAAAGCAAACAUAAUACUUUGAGAAUGUGCUGUGAAAAUCUUCAAGGCCAUGUCAGUAGUGACUGGCCAGGAGCUCACUGGAGUAACCUGGUCAGUGCUUUCCCAGGCAGCUCAGAAGUUGUGUGCUUUUGUUGUUCUAGGAGCCAUGGCAAUCUCAUGUUGAAACAGCAUGUGAUGUGUAGUUGUUUUAAGGGAAAUGACCUAUUUCACUAUAUGGAUUAUGGUAUUGGUUUUAAAAUGUUCAUCAGGAAAGACUUAAAAUGUUAUUUUAUAACUAAGAUUGCUGAUAUUAUUAGUAGUAAAAUUUUGUGUGACUUAUAUUGUAUAGCUCAAGUUGGUUGUUAUGAAAAUGCUGCACUUAGCUGAUUCUUCCUUAGAGAACCGUAUGUGUGUGAGUAACUUUAUUUAUGGUUACGUUGCUUAAAUUUUUCUUUUUUUUUGGUCAAGAUGACUUAACCUGAAACUUUAUGGGUUGUCAAGGCCGGGCAUGGUGACUCACACCUAUAAUCCCAGCACUUUAG